CCGGUAUUUGCCCCGCGCAAAAAUCUUGCUCGAAGAAGGAAACCCAAAGCGAGUCCCCAGCCACCCCGCCCUCCGCCCUCUUCCCGACGCGUAAACGCGCCACGAGAGGACAGCACAAGGGGGAAAGGGAGAACUCCCCUAGAGGAAGGACGGCAGGCGACGACGGCCAGCGGCGGCGGAAGAGGAAAGGCGUCGGACGCAGUAGCAGCAGUAGCAGGAAGAAGUCCAAGGCUUGUCGCAACUUAAUCGCUCGUAGUCGAAGUAGUAGCGACAGCAGCAGCAACUCGAGUGGUGGCUGCAGCAACUUACACAGCGACAGUAGCAGUAGCAGUUCGGGGCUGGGCGACCGCAGCCUCGCGACCGCCUGCACGAUACCCGGUCCACCGAGCGCCAGCCAAAGCCCCUCGACUAGCAGCGGCGGGCAGGAGAAGAAGCUGCACGUGCGUUCCAUGGAUCGAGCGCCCGCCCAGGACAAGGACAGUCAAAAGCGACGUAAAAAGAGCCAGGAGAGCACAAGCGGCCACGCAACAGACAUGGAGGAAGAGGAGCUCGAGCUCUUCCACGUGGUGCAGGAAGAUCUGCGCCACAAGUCUACAGUGGGCUGGCAGAACGCCGUCAAGGUGCUUAACUCGGCCUAUCAGCAUAUCGAUCGGCCCGAAAGCCAGGCCUUCCUGGACGACGCCUUCCAGAAGAUCAUCAGCAUCAUGCUGGACCAGCAUGCCAGCAAGAUCGGAUCUUUCGAAAAGUCGUGCGUGACGCAGUGUUUGUCACUCGCAGUGCCGCUGGUGAUCGCGCAGAUGAAGGCGGGCAAGUAUUUCCAGACACUGCUAGUGUUGACCAUGAUCUUCAGCAAGAAAAAGACUUUCUACAAGGACUUGCGCACCUCGGCGAUGAUUGGCAGCUAUUGGAACAAGGUGCCCGGGUCGCCUGAAGUGCGAGCGCAGUGCAUCGAAGCGUUCUGCGAGAUGAAAGGAUUCCACUUACUGUUGAGCACAUUGGAGCUGCUGAUGCAGAACCACCGCGAGGGAGACGAACUCGAGGCGGCGAUGGACAGUGAGGAUAUUCGUAUCUUGCUGCAAGCGUUGCUGGAGUUCCGAACAUCUGUCCCGGAGACCAUCUGCACUAAGAUCUCGGUGCUGAUCAUGACGUACUUCACCAAGAUAUCGGACUCAGUGCUGAAGAAGGAGUCGAGCGACGCUGUGGGCACCGUGAUCGGCAUCAUUCGGAGGCUGGUGGAUGCUGGUAUUGUGCCGUCCGAGGCUAUCAAUGCGCUGUGGCUUGACAUUACAGAGAGAUACGUGGAGUCCACUUCCCUGCCUCUGCGACUCUUUGGCUUGGAGCAAAUCAACCAGAUCGUGAAUUGUGCCCGAGCAUCGCGAGCAUUCCCGCCUCGAUACUUUGUGCGAAAUGCCGGCACUGCUGCCGUUAACGGUGUGUACACGUUGAAGGCCAACUCGACGUCGGCAACUUAUGUAUUCAAACAGCAAGAAACGGGUCAAGUGUUUACGCUCUUCUGUUGCACGAUGAAAAGCGGUUUGAAGUGGUGGUUUAUCUCGGAGGCUGACAAGAUGCAGCCUGGAUCGGACCAAGAUAUUGAUUACUACCAGCACCAGUCGCAGUACGAAGAAUACCUGCCCCCUACGCACAACUGGAUCCCCACCGGAAAGGGAGAGGCUCCAGCCCCCGAACUUAUCGCAGAAAGCGUUCAGGAGAAUGGCGAUGAAGACCGCACCCGACUGGACUACAUCUUGAGUGCUUGGGUGGUGGAGAAGAAGAUUCUCGAGGAGAUUUUUGGUGACCGAAUCCACCGUGAGAUUGUGUCGCGCAGUGCGUUGCUGGUCAAGUUUUUGGCGGAGUCCAACAAGUUGGAUACGCACUCUAUUGACGUGAUUUGGCAGUCAUGUAUCCAGAAAGAUCAGACGCUGGUGCACGAAAUCCACAAUUUACUGAUCGCCACGGUGCCAUUUUUGUCGAACGAGCUGCUAUUGCAUCUGGUGGAAAGCAUCCAUGCCUCGUUAUUGCAAAACCUGGAAAAGAACGAGCCUUUCCCGGAGUUGAUUUCGUUCUUACAGCGGCUGGCGACCAACUCGCCGAGCUUUCUUAUGGAGCGCAAUGUGAACGUCACGACGGCGAUCUUGCAGCUGCUCUGGUCGAUUCAAAUGCACUGCAGUAUCGCCAACAUUCGACUUAGCAGGAGUUUGCGCGAUUUCUUCCAAGAAGGGCUGCGUAGCGAAUACGGUGAGCCGCUCCGAAAGGCGUUCUUAAGCGAAUGCAUUGAGGGAAUCAAGAAGUCUUGCUCGCUAUCAAGCUCGGUGCCAGAUUCUGCUCCAUCUCCGACAUCAACAUUGAUCCCCCCGGCGCCUAGCAGCAGCAGCUCAGUUACGUCAUCUACUUCAGCAGAGUUAUCGAGCAAGAACUCGACGGCUUCUAAAUCGUUGGAGCUGCUUAAGUUCCUGAUCGACUCGUAUCGAGUUGAUCAGGCGCUUGUGGUAGAAUCGCUCAAUUCAGAGCACGGGUUAGUGAGCUUGCUAUUUGACGAGCUGGCGACUUUCGUGGCACGGAGCACGGAUAAACAGUCUCCAAGCUAUCGCACGGCUAUCGGUCAUCGCUUAGAAUUGAUUCACUAUAUUCACGUCAAGUCACCAAAGCUGGAACUCUCGAUCCCACAGAUUGAACGACUGUGGCAAGUACUCUCGUCGUCACCUGCUGAGCGCGAGUUCUGCUUGAUAUUUUUCAACCAGACAAGCAUGCGGAGCGGAGCAGCACCUGGUGCUAGCACUGUCGGUGGGUCGAUUAGCUCGGCCUUCAACUUGGAUGUAUGCUUCUACGUCUUCAAGGAGCUCCUGUGCAAGCAAACUGAUUUCCGAACGCUAGGAUGCAUGGGCUACAAGUGCUUUAACACCUACUUCGUGGGUCUAAACGCUCAACACAAAUUGAUGCAACAAACCGAAGAAUCGUUGGAAACGGGCACGCUGAAUCUACUGGGAAUGGAUGCUCUGUGGCGUAUCGCGUUUGAAGCUCCUCUUGAAGUUGCCGAGAUGGCUACACGUGAGUUGCUUCGGGUUUAUGAGCGAUCGUCAAAUGAGAUCACUCACAUUGGUGAAAGCGAAUCAGAUGAGAGCGUGAAGGAUUUCUUGGCGCGUGUAUUUAAACAGCUGUCCACAGUGGAAGACAGCACACCAGACUCACUGAAGCUAGUGCAGCAGUGCUCAAGUCUGUUGGCAGGACUGGUGUCAAGUGCUCGCAAGAAGCAGAAUUUUGUUCCGCAUGGCCUAAGCGGUCGCGGCGCGUACUUUACCAUUAAGGUGAUCGCGCAGCGAAUCCCUUCGUCCAAUACAAGCGGGGCGGGAGUUUCGGCGACUGCAGCCUCAAACCACGAUAAUGCAGUGCGAACAAUGCAGGCAUCAGCAUACUCGAACCAGACGUUGUGGCAGUUCCGCAAGCAGAUCGAGAAGUUAGUGGGUCAUCCUAUGCAGCAGACGAAAAUCCUCUCGUCAGGAUCGGCGAUCACGGGCGAUCAAAAGACACUGGCGGACUUGCAGAUCACGGAGUCCAGUGAGUUGCGCGUGCUGAUGUUCAACUCGGUUGUGCAGCGUUCUAGUUCCAGUGUGAUGGACCAGGAUCAAGUGAUGACUUCGACAGGCAAGGACUCACCGGCUUCUCCUUCGUCUUCGUCGAUAAAGCAUCACCCAGGCUUAGUGAUUGCUCGAGAUGCCUCGUACUUCGGGAUCAUGUUCCGCGUACUCGACAUCGUGGAGGGCCAUCCUGUCCACGAGUUGCUGUGGGCCUUUUUGAAGCAAAUCCCUACUAGUGAAGAACUUCUGAAUCGUGUUUCCAACAUUGGCGCGACUGAGACGAGUGACGGAGAUGUUAAUAUGAGCUCCCCCUCGAACGACAUGGGCAAUGGAGGAAGCAAGCCUGAUUGGUCGUCGUUGCUGAAGGGAAUCUCGUCUCAUCAAGCUAUUUACACGCUACAAAUUAUGGACGCGCUGCUGCUACCGUCAGAUGCCGCGAAGGCACCAUUUGCACAGACGUACCUUCAGCGAUUCAUUUCUGGAGGUGGUUUCCAUGAAGUGCUCUCUUAUUUUAUUAACGCCAACUUCCACGAGAGUUCCUUCAAUGAGGGUGCUGCGGUGGCUCUCCGUAUCCUGAAGUUUUGCUUAUUCGACUCGGGCCACGAUAAUGGGCUAUAUUCGGCUACUGCAAACGGAGAAGUCCCGGCUGAGGUAUUUUCCUUGAGCGAUUCGCAGACUGGAUCAGGCGAGAAUGCGGAGACGCCGAGAGCAAAAAUUAUUGUGGAGCAAAGUCGCUAUGAUCAGUUGGUGCUGAAGAUCGCAGAGCUCGUUGUGUCUGAAUUCACGCGCAUCGAGGAGAAAAGCCCUGCAAAGAAGACGGCGUAUCGUAUCUUGAUCGACGCCGUGAAGACCGUGGAAUCGAUCGUGUCCAUUGCGAACGAUGCUGCGGCCAAGUACAUUAAGGCGCUGGAGCCUCGCGCUAUCAUUGUGAAUAUUUUUACCAAGUUUGAAUCGGAGCAAGUGCGGGACCAGUGGCUCUCAUCAUUGGAGUCCGUUUGCAAAGCGUCCGACGCAGCAGCCGAGGUCGUCUUUGAGGAAUCCAUCCAAUCUGUCGAUCGUAUCGAAAGUGUGAGUGCGCCGUGUGACCAGUACACGCGCAUGCUGUGCUCGUUGGCACGUCUUGAGGGUGGCAAGUCGUCUUCCUACUGUCAAAAGCUUGCCCAAGCUGUAGUGGCAAAGCUGCGUCGCGGGUUUUCGAGCAAAUUCCUGGCCUGUAACGAGCGUUCGGGCGAAGUCCUAAUUGGGUUCCUGGAGUUCUUGCGUGAAGUGCUAGUGGUACAUGCCGAUGUACGAGUCGGAAUCGCCCGCGAUAUCGUAGACGUCGUUUACGAGGAGUGUUUAUUCACGCUGCCAUCUGAAGAUCGCCGUCGCUGUCCGUUGUGCGUGUCACUGGAGACGCGACGUCCUGCGUUCAAGCUGCUUGCGAGUGCGAUCUCUUCAGAUGCCAGUAUCUUGCAUGACUUGCAUGGUCGCCUGACCAAGUUGUUCACGCGGAGUGACGCGCUGCGGUUCAAGUGGGGCCAAGAGAACAACAUUGAAACGCGUGGUAACGGUGAGCACGUCGGACUCAAGAACCAAGGCUGCUCGUGCUACAUGAAUUCCUUUUUGCAGCAGUUGUUCAUGCACCCUACAUUGCGCCAAGGAUUAUUAGGUGCCAAGGUGGCACCUCGCCCCACUCCUCAGGAGCCCACGAAAGCAGAGGCAGAGAAGUUUCCAGAGCGCUUGGUAGGCUGUCGUGUGGCGCUGGAGUGUUUGGGCGGCCGAGUCUACGAAGCAAAUGUCAUUGGAUACGACGAUCUGACAGGGCAGCAUACGAUGCGAUACGACAAUGGCGGCGAGGCGACCUUCAUGUUGGCAGAGGGAAGGCCAGGGAAUGAGAAUGGUCGCUAUGUGAUUUUGCAACCGGAGUUGACGGGCACUGACGCGACGUUGGAGGUUCUUCGUCAGCUUCAGCGCACGUUCUGCUAUCUGCGUGACAGUGAGAUGCGCUACUUCAACCCGAAGGCGUUUGUGGACUCGUGUACUUGUCUGAAUCUCGAGUUUUCGGUGUAUCAGCAGAACGAUGCGACUGAGUUUUGUGAUAAACUGUUGGAUCGUCUCGAGACGGGUCUGAAGACGACACCACAAGGCACACGGUGUCUGCAGGACGUGAUGGGCGGGAAACUUAUUUCUCAAAAGCUUCCGAAGGAUUGUGGACACCGAUACGAACGUGAAGAGCCAUUUAUUCGCUUAGAAUUGCAGAUCCGUGGGAAGGAAAGCAUCGAGGAAUCGCUUUCUGCGUUCGUUGAAGGGGAACUCAUGGACGGCGACAACAAGGUCGAAUGUGAACUAUGUGCUACGAAGAAGGCAGCUGUGCGGCGAACGUGCUUCGGUUCGCUUCCGAACUUGCUGAUUCUUCACUUGAAGCGCUUCGAUUUGGACUACACGACCUUCGAGACGGUCAAGUUGAACAAUCGGUGCUCGUUCCCUAUGCGUCUGAGCAUGAAACCAUACACCAAGGCGGGCAUCGAAGAGCAGGAAGCACACUCUAACUUGCAACAAGAGCGUGAAGAUACGUCGGCUGACGAAGACAUGGCGUCUGAUGACUCAAGUGACUCAGACGAAUUUAUGGCUGACGUGAAUGGUGACACGCCUGCGAUCCCAACUUCCUCAGCGUCACCUAGAUCAAGCAUUAAGCUCACGUCCCCACGGAGUGUUAGCAAGAGCGACGGCGAGGACAGAAACAACACCAAGUCGGAUCCUAACUACGAAUACCGACUGAAGGGUAUUCUGGUGCACUCUGGAGUCGCCCAAGGGGGACACUACUAUUCCUUCAUCUACGACCACAUGUCUGAGAAGUGGUUCAAGUAUGACGACGAGGAUGUGACGCCGUUUGACCCAGCCAACAUUGAGGCUGAGUGCUUUGGAGGAGUGCAGCGACGCUCGUGGCACGGUUCGAACAAUUCUAUGGAGAUGGAAGUCUUCAGCAACGCGCUUAUGCUAUUUUAUGAAAAGGUUAUCCCCGUCGAGCCUGAGGCGACACCAGCCACUGACUCUGAAGCGUCUACGCUAGUUGCUGCUGCUCCGGAUGAAGAGCGCUGCGAGUACGAAGCGGAAGUGUGGAAGUCCAACGAGAUAUUCCUGCAAAACUCAUACCUGUUCGAUGUGGAGUUCCACGAGUUCUUACGCGAGAUGGUACAGUCCCAAUACAUUAAAGACACCCCCGUCUCAGCGGAAGAUGACGUACCCAUGACUCUCUCGCCAUCACCAGAGUCAAACGACGUGACAGCUCCACCGGCUGCACCGGUGGCGCUAGCUGUUCCUGCAGUGGCAGCCGACGAAGAAAUUCAAAUGACGCUAACGGAAAUCGGCGUCGAGUUCGUGCUGAGUGUAUUGCUGCAUUCGCGUGAAAAGCAUGGGAUCGCGCGGUGGAUCACGGUGCUGGCGUCCAAGUUCACGCGAUCCAAGGCUAUCUGUGUCCGCUUCUUCUCGGCUCUAUCGACGUCGAAGCGCAUUCUCUGGUUGCGUGGAUUGCUGUUCGAGUGCCCUGAUUCGAUUGCUCGUCAGUCCUUUGUUCACCUCGUUUCACGAGCACUUACAGCGUACGAGGUGCACCGGAAGGAAGAACAAACUACUCUGGAUGAAGCGAAGGCAGAGGCAGCGGCUGCAGCUGAUACAACUGUCACCCGUGCGUUUUUGGAGACCAUCGCUACUUUCUUGGAUCAGACCUCCAUCAUGCAGCAAUCCCAUUUGGAAGAAUGUUUCAUGCUGCUGCGCAAUUGCGCGGAGAUCAGUGCCACGGCGAGGACUCAGCUUCAACAACUUGAGAUGAUUGCACGCUUGAUCAAUUUUUUCCUAUGUGAUCGCGGCCCGAGCGCGCUAAAAGAUGCCUUCCCGUCCUCGACAUUGCAGCCGACGGCUUCACGGUACGCGUCCCCGGACUACCAGUACUUGCUGGAGGCUGUUAUCGCGAUUCUAGGUCUUCCAAGGCGUACAACCGAGCCCCUACUUACAGAAAGUAGCACGCAGUAUCCGCACCGCACGGUUCUUUCGGAGAAGGCUGAGCAGGCUCUAACUGAAAUCUUCGAGGACUACCAGACGCCGGGGGGCGCGGAUGGCAACCCUGGCUUGGGUCUCGAAGAGCUCAAGAAGUUCUUCUCUGUGUCGUUAAGCAGUGCGACAACCAGUCCUGCUGUGGAGCAACAGGCUCGUCAUUUGCUAUCCAAGUACGGCACACCAGUCGACGACACUGCAAAGGACGAGUUGGAAGCAACUGCGUCACGUGUGGAGCUUGAUGGAUUCAUGCUUUAUUAUACGGAUAUGGCAGCGUCGUCGACAAAGUCCGUGCUACAAGAUCUACGCACAUUCGGCUUCAGCGAGGACCUCCAGCGACACUCGAUGUGUAGCGGAGACCUGCCCACCGGAGCUCAGGUACUUGAGGGGUUGAGUCCUCUGAGUCGUGGUGCGUUACUAAACGACGUGUUCUUCGACUCGGCGCUCGAGGAAGAAGCAGAGACGACGUGUGAACUAUUGUUGCGGCUGAGUUUGGGAGACCACGAGACGUCCACGCGGUUGUUGCGUGCUCUUCUGCACUGCCUGCAGAGCACGGAGACUGGAUGGAAGGGGCAGCCUGUGGUGGACGCCUGCGCGCUAGCAGUGCAGCGAGUGCUGGGCUAUGAAUGUGAUUAUCAGAAAGAACUCGUGGAGCUUGCACUGAUUCACAGCGACUACGGCUUGCUCAGCUCCGCGCGCAGCCGAGAGAACCUGCGCUCACGUUACGUGAAUACCGCGCACGUCCCUCUGUUUGUUUACCGACAAUUGGUUCUAGUGUUGGAGCUGCGUGCGCGUGUACCGGCAGUCAGCGCUUGGCUAGCAGAGCAUCGCAGCAAGUGGGAGUGGCUCUAUGAAUGGCUGCGUCUUGAGUCAUUGCAGCCUAGUCUGGGUGGACGUCUUUCCCUACUGAGACGCGAACCAGCAAAGCUCGAGAUGCUCUGGAGGUUGGGCGAGGCGCUGGGUAUCCCGUACCAGGAGGAACAGCGGCGAUACGUGGUUGAAGGCGCCGGAUACGCUCCUGUCAACGGCGUGUAUGUAAGCACGUCUCACGUCCACGACAACUGCUUGACUUACGCUUGUGUGAAGAGCGACAUCGAGUACACGCUGUUCCGCUGCUGCAUGCCCAGUAAGGCUCGUCGCUGGUACAUUUCAUACUCUCCUAACAAGAACCUGCUCGGAACGAUGUCGGACGAAGAUUUCUACUUUGUUCAGUCGCACAUUGACGACGAGUCUCCACCGGUAGAUGGUUGGAAGGUCUGGGUGAAGAACGAGAAGGCCAAACCGCCGGUGCCAACGGUGCGUCUCUACAGCUCGACGGUGGCGGCUCUAGAUGGGGAAGGAGACGCUGCAGAUGCGUCGGACGCUGUGGAAGGCUUUAUGACUGGAGGCGGCUUCGAUGACGGCUCGAGUGCCCCGACCGCGCCGUCGUCCGACAUGGUCGUUGAGACUGUGGAUGUAGACGCGGACGCAGAGACGGUGGAGUAUGACGACAGCGAGGACGAAAUCCGCGACAGUAACGAGCGAUUCCGAGCCGUGCAUUUGGAUACACAGGAAGACGGCAGCAGCGCGGACGACUUCAUGUAAGCGAACUCGAGGAGAGUAACAUUAUGUAGCCUUUUGCCACUCAUCCCGGCUGCACGGCAUAAACUCGAGUGCUGGGUGGGCCGGAGGGAUUUCAGGUUGGCGAAGGGAGGUGCCUUUGUGCGGUGAAGAUUGAUAAAGAAAAACAAAUUACCAUUUUUACGUUGAAAUCGCGGG